CAGGCGGGCGCCGCCUCGGCGGGCGGGCUCCGGCGCGGCGGCCGGCGGGGCGGCGGCGGCGCACGGGUACGGGCAGAUCCGGCGGCAGCGCGGGCCGGUGGAGGAGCUGUACGGCCUCUGGCGGGUGUUUUGGUUUGGCCUCCUGCUGUUCAGCUCCGCCUUCGUGCUGGUUGCCGUGUCCGCCGGCCCAUGCUCCCCUACGUCAAGCUCAGGGACCCGCACAAGCGAUCUCUGUUCAACAAGAUCAGCAUUUUCUGGGCCACGACUCUCUGUUCGAUGUUUUUUAACGUCGAGGUGGUCAAUCCGGAGAACCUCCCUGCCAAGGAUGACCCCCGUCAGUACAUGUACGUGGCCAAUCACCAGUCUUUCAUGGACAUCCUUUCGGUCUUCUCCCUGCGCCGGCCGUUCAAGUUUAUUUCCAAGUCUGAGAUACUGUGGAUCCCGGUGGUCGGAUUCGCGAUGAAGCGCCUGGGGCACAUCACCGUGACGCGGAAGAGCCAGCGAUCCCAGGUCCACAUGAUCAGGACGUGUCUCUUCCAGUUGCACAAGGGCUGCUCCGUGUUCUUCUUCCCGGAGGGGACCAGGACAAAGACCGGCCGGUUGCGCAAUUUCAAGAAGGGCGCGUUCUCCAUCGCCAAGAAGGCGAAGGUGGGGGUCGUGCCGAUCACGGUGCUGGGCACCGGAGACAUCAUGCCGGCUGGGCGCGAGCUACGGUUGUUCCCCAGCCGGCUGGGCGUGAAGCUGAUCGUCCAUCCUCGGGGAACGAACCAUGACGCAGACAUGUUUUGUCGGAGGUCCGCGCGGACUUCUCGGACAUGCGCCGGCCCCCCCUCCCUGGGGCGCGCCAGAGGCGGCGCUGGAGGCGCCGCCAGGGGGCUCCGGCGCCGAUCCGAGGAACCCGUGCGGACCUCCGAAAGUUCAUGCUCAUGCGAUUCUCGUUUUGGGUUCCCCGGCGUCCCACUUUCACCGAGGAGGAGGUCCAGGAUCGGGGAAGAUGACCGAGGCCGACCUGCGCAGGAAGGCCACGGACGUCGUCCGCUCGGGGCUGCCCGUCGCGCUCCAGGGCGGCGACUAGGGCCGCGGGCGGGGGCGUUGCGGGCCGCAGCUCGCUGCGGGCAGUGGCGGGGGAGCUGGGGCUCAGCAGCCCAGAGGUUGGCCUCCAAGUCCUCUGGCAGCGUGGCCCUCGGGGGGGCCCGGUGUCCUCUCGGGUGUCCUCGCCAGCCGUGGCAUGAGCUGGCGGAUGCGUCUGAGCCGUACGCGUAGCAGUCUUUCCAUGCAAGCGGGCGCCUCAGGCGCCGUUCUUGGUCUUGGCAGCGGCCUCCCCAUCCUUGGAGUCCGAGCGUUUCGGCCUCGUCUUCGUAAUUGCAGGUGCACGCGCUCCAUCCGCGUUGUUCGGGCGCCCCGCGGCAAGCUAAGAAACAAUGCAUGGGGUCCGAAGUUGAAAACAGUGUCGAGUGCGCUGCCUGGCCAAUGAUAAAA